AUGAAAAUUAACUCUGAAUUAAUAUAAGGAUCACAUCAUUUCAUAAAUCCAUUAAAUGAAAGAUAGCUUGAUCUAAGAGGUAUUAAUAAAUUUUAUUUAAAUCUUAUAGCAAAGAAAAUUACAGCCAUUGAAAAUUUAGGAGCUACAUUGGUAUCAAGAUUCUUUUAUGUAGGAUUUUUUUGAUCACAUUGAUUUAGGGGAUAAUGAUAUCAAAAAAUUAGGAAAUCUAACCUUAUUAAAAAGGUAUUUCUUAUUAAUAACAAAAGACUCAAGACACUCAAUUUAUCUAACAAUAGAAUCACUAAAUUGACUGAUGUUUCUGAUUCUUUACCUAAUAUUGAAAAUCUAAUCUUAAUGAAUAAUAGGUUAACUGAUAUCAAUGAAUUAUAUCAAUUAAAACAUUGUAAAAAACUCAAAAGAUUAAUUUUGCAUGGAAAUCUCAUUACUUAAUAACCUGAUUAUAGAUAUAAAGUUAUUGCAAUUUUACCUAAUUUAAAAAUUCUUGAUUUCAAUAAAGUUACUCAAUCAGUUAUUAUAUUAUUUAAAUCCAUUUUAGGAACGAUAAAAAGCUGAAGAAUCUUUUAAACCUGAUGAAUUGACUGAUUAUAUGAAUUUAAUUAAUUUAAAAGAUGCUACUUUAGAUAAAGAACACAUUAAAAAAUUGCUAGAGAAUGCUAAAACAUUCGAUUAAAUUAACUAAUUAGAAAUGUUGCUUAAAUAAUAAUAAGUUAAAAAUCUAUCUAUUAUUAAUGAGUAGUGA